GUGGUAACCCAGUCUAUCAGUUGUACUGUGCUUGAUGAGUCGUGUCUACAUAUUUUGAUAAAACUGUGUUCUAAAACAAUCCAAUGUCAUUAAGUUCUAAAUUGUGGUGUAGAUUCAGUGUUUAUUUACCGCGUUAAAGUAUACUUGUACGUCCAUCAUGCCUGUGACACUCGUAGAUAGGUUGCCCUUGCCGAAUCUCAAGGUUUAUACCGCGGGAAGUGUUUCGCUGCUUUCGAUAGCUGUUUAUUACGCGCUGAGUGUGACCAGUGAUCCGAACUGGCGCACGAACGCCACGCUAGGGCGGCUGGAUGCCAUGGAAGUAGGCGACGCUGAGCAGCGGGUCGGACCGGCACCAGGGCUUGCACCGGUCCUCGUCAACGGCACCAGGAACUUUACCGAGCAGUUCGUGGACGUCAUGACCUUUAUGAUGCAGGAACCGCUCUGCAUGUGGACGCUGAUCAACAUAGCGUACUGCUCGCUGGCAGUGUUCGGGUUCGGCGUGCAGCGGCUGGUGUUCGGGCAGCUGCGCGUGGCGGAGGCGCAGCGCGUCAAGGACAAGUUCUGGAACUAUGUGUUCUACAAGUUUAUCUUCGUGUUCGGCGUCAUCAACGUGCAGUACAUGGACGAGGUGCUGCUCUGGUGCUCCUGGUUCACGCUCGUCGGCUUCCUGCACCUGCUCGGCCAGCUCUGCAAGGAUAGGUACGAAUAUUUGUCGUCGUCGCCGAGCUCGGGCGGGUGGGCGCACGUGCGGCUGGCGAGCCUGCUGGGCGGCAUCCUGGCCGCCGCCGCCGCGCUGCUCGGCGCCGCCGCCGCCUGGGGGCUGCCCGCCGGACGCGACACCUUCGCCUUCAUGGCCGCUGAGUGCCUGCUGGUGCUGGUGUCCGCGCUGCACGUGGCGGCGCGCUACGCGCUGCAGCUGUGCGAGGCGGACGUGGCGGGCGCGGCCGCCUACUACACGCAGCUGGCCUUCGACUCGCUGGCGCUGGUGACGGAGCUGCUGCACGUGCUGCACAUGGUGGUGUACUCCAACAUGCUGGUGUCCAUGGCGUCGCUGGUGCUGCUCAUGCAGCUGCGCCACCUGCUGCACGAGCUGCAGGCGCGCGUGCGCCGCCACCGCCUCUACACCUCGCUCGCCACGCACAUGAGCCGCAACUACCCGAUGGCCAGUAAAGAGGAGGUGGAAAAGAACCAGGACAACUGCGCCAUCUGCUGGGAACCUAUGAAGGAGGCGCGGAAACUGCCCUGCUCACAUCUCUUCCACAACUCGUGCCUGUGCCAGUGGGUGCAGCAGGACGCGUCGUGCCCCACCUGCCGCCGCGCGCUGGCCGCCGCCGCCGCGCCCGCGCGCUCGCCCGCGCUCGCCGCGCCGCCCAACCAUCUCUUCCACUUCGACGGGUCUCGAUACGUGUCGUGGCUGCCGAGCUUCUCGGUGGAGGUGACGCGGGUGCGGCCGGCGGCGGCGCUGGCGGGCGCGCAGAUUGACGCGGCCGUGACGCAGCUGCAGCACAUGUUCCCGCAGUACUCGCGCGCCGCGCUGGCCGCCGACCUCGCGCGCACGCGCUCCGCCGACCUCACGCUCGACAACAUCCUGGAGGGCCGCCUGCCCGCGCGCGCGCCCUCGCCGCCGCCCGCGCCGCCCGCGCCCGCGCCCCCGCCGCCGCCGCCGCGCGUGGACGCCAGCACGUCAGUGUCGCCGCUGCCGCGCGCCGAGGCGGGCGUGUCGGGCGCGGGCGCGCCAGGCGCGGCCUUCCCGCGCUGCGCGGCCGAGCGCGAGUCGCGGCUGCAGGCGCGCAAGGCGGCGCUCGUGGCCGAGGCGCGGCGCCGCUACCUGCAGCGCCACAGCUGAGGCCCGCCUCUACUUAGUGAGUAGCCAUCGAUAUUGAUUUAUUGUAAAUACUUCACCCUUUGUGAUAUUUUAAUUAGUGUAUAAAUUAGUGUGUCCUCUACAUCGAUGAGCCUAGCUGUACGGUACUAUAGAUGAACUUUUCAGUCGAAGCCGGCGGGCGACCCGUCGACGAAGGGCCUUAUUAUUAGACGCUUAUCGCGCCGAUUUAUUUUUCUAUAUUAUCUUUGAGAGUGUAUUUUUCUAUUUCAUAAAAUUAUAUAAAAUAUCCAUCGUCCAU